UUAAGGACGAAAACUGUUCGGGCCUCGGCAGUCCCCCGCAAUCCGUUUCGGCGCGUCGUCAGUAGAAUAAUAUAUUAUUAGUUAUUACCGGGCAAACGAUAUCACCUGACUGCAAUUGUUUCGUAAUCAUUAUUAAUCGACGAACAAGACGAUGAUGAGCUCCUCGAUGACCGGUCCGAGCGGCGGCGGUGGCGGCUUGCAGAAAUCGUCGGCCGGAGGUCCACUGUCGCCGUCGCCGCAGUCGGCGGUCGACAAGUCGGCGGCGGUGUCGUCGGGCUACGGCACGUACAACAGGCGCGGUACCGCAACCACGGUAGAUCGCCGUCGGCGGACCGAUUACCGCGGUGGCAGGGACGGAGACCACCACGACGACGACGACGACGGUGACGACGACGACGACCGACUGUCCGAGCUGUCCGACUCCGGACACUUUCUGGCCAAGGGUGCGUUCCUCAUCACGCCCAGCAACGAGCUGAACCUGGAGAAGGCGACGGCCAUAUGCGAGAAGAUGAACUAUAGAGGACCGUACUCUGUGACCAGGACAGCCACGGGCAUUCUGUUCAAGUUCGCCGAACAAGACGACUAUCACGUGACGUUCCGCAAGGGGUUUCACAAGGUGACCAACUCGAGGUUCUACAAGAAGAUUCCCAUACCAUGCAGACCACAAAAGACAUUUUCAGUUUUGGUUUAUGAGAUCCCCGAAGACAUUCCUGAAGAAGACAUUCGCCAUUCGCUGUACAAAUUUCAAACUGUCGUCGAGGUGGUUAGACUUUAUCAUGCCGGGUACCGCCACGCGGCCUUGACCGUGGCGGACGGCAAGAACGCGGCUACGUCGCAGACAGCUGUUGAACAGCAACAGCAACAGCUCCUGCAGGCCGGACCGGCAUCGUCGCUGGCGGCGGCGGCGGGCGGGUCCGCGUCUGCGAACACGCAACAACACCACCCGGCGCCGCCCGUGGUGCGCGUCACGCUGGCGUCCGUCGAGGAGUGCAACGUGCUGCUGCACAACGGCUUGGACUUUUACGGGGCCACUUUCUUCCCGGUGGAGGCCGCCUCGCCCGUCAUACCGAAAAAGAAAUCGUUGCCGCCAAAUAGCCGUCUGAUGGAUCUGGUGACUACCAGUGGUCACCGUAUACGUGACCUGUUACCAGUGUUCGACUCUGCCGGAUUCACGAAGAUUCCGCCACCGGCCAGCAAAGUGGUCAAGCCUCACUAGUCGACGAUCUUCUUCUACGUCCUGUCAACUGUACGGUUGAAACACAAGCGAGCAGCGAAUAUUCAUAUAUAUGAAUAUUGUUAUAUUUAUGUAUAUGAUUUUUUAUUUCAAUUUUAACAAACAAAAAAAAAAUAUACCAACGUCACAUCAAAUUACUACAAAACCAUUACAAUAUUA